AUGUUAGAUGGUACUAACUCCCAGACUGGUUGCAUUUGGCACCAGGUUCACCUUGUGGUCUUGGCCAAUGGCCAUUCACAUACCAUUCCCUUCUUACUUUGCCCUAUUGGUAAUACUUUGGCUAUACUUGGCAUGUCAUGGUUAAUAGCAGAAGCUCCCCUCAUUGACUGGCAACAGGAAUCAGUCACAUUCCCUGAAAUGGUUCAAAUUGCAUCAGAAGAGGAAGCUGACCCACAUCCCAUUGCAGACCUCCCUCCUCAGUAUCACAAAUUUGCCAAGGUCUUUGGUGAAGAGGAAUUCAAGGUCUUACUGCCUCACAGGGAGUACAACAUAGCAAUUGAUCUCCUCCCCAAUGCCAAACUCUCACCAGGACCUAUUUACAGCAUGACUGAUGCCAAAUCCAAAGCACUCAAACAACACAUAGACAAGGAACUGGCCACAGGCAAAAUCAGGCCCAGUACCUCCUCCACAGGCACCCCAGUCAUGUUUGUAAAGAAGGCAGAUGGAUCUCUCCAAUUGGUAGUAGAUUAUAGGAAACUCAACAAUAUCACACAUAAGAACAUCUACCCCCUACCAAGGCAGGAUGACCUAAUGGCUAAACUGCAGCACACCAAGAUCUUUACAAAACUGUAUCUAUGUUGGGGUUACAACAAUGUCUGGAUCAAGGAAGGAGAUGAAAGGAAGACAGCUUUCAGAACCAGGUACAGCCUCUUUGAGUACCUAGUGAUGCCUUUUGGUUUAACCAAUGCCCCUGUGGCAUUCCAACAUUUUAAGAACAAUCUAUUUAGGGAUGUAAUUGAUGUCACUGUGGUCAUUUACCUGGAUGACAUCUUGAUCUUCUCCAAAAAGCCCAAGGACCACCCUGUGCAUGUAAGGGGAGUCUUAUGCAGACUCAUGAAGAAUCAACUGUUUUGCAAACUAUCCAAGUGUCACUUCCAUGUCACUACAGUUGAUUAUCUGGGUAUUGUCAUUUCACUGGCAGGCUUCUCUAUGGAUCAGAAAAAAAUUGAGGCAGUCACAUCCUGGCCCAUCCCAAAAACAGUCAAACAGGUCCAAGCUUUUCUGGGAUUGGUCAACUAUCUUAGAAGGUUCAUUCCCAAUUUCAGCUCAGUAGCACAACCACUCCACAACCUCACCAGGAAGGACUCUCCUUGGUCUUGGGGACCCUCAGAAGAGACUGCUUUCCAGGAAUUGAAAGCCUUAGUCACCAGAAGCCUGGUCCUAAUUCACUCAAACCCAGAGCUACCUUACUACCUGGAAACAGAUGCCUCAGGAGUAGCCAUGGGAGCAAUCCUCAGUCAGAGGGGAGCCAAUAACUGGUUAUAUCCCAUUGCUUACAUGUCUAAACCCUUCUCUGGGGCCAAGGCCAAUUACAAUACCCACAACAAAGAGUUGUUGGUAAUAAUAAAGGCACUCAAGGAAUGGGGAAUCUUCCUAGAAGCAACAGAUAAGCCAGUACAAGUAUUCACAGACCAUUGGAACUUGGAAUAUUGGAUGGGUGCACAGACCUUCAACCAUAGAUGUGCCUGUUGGAGGGUGUUCCUGAGCAACUUUCACUUUGAGAUCCACUGCUGGCCUGGGAAGCAGUCAGGAAAACUGGAUGCCAUAUCCAGAAGGGCAGAUUACAGUGCUGUUCAAAACUGUUCACAGGAUUGGAACUUUUGUACUGUAUCAGUUGUUACUCAAUCAUUUGUCAAACAAUAA